GGACUUGUAGCCAUACUUUAAACCAAAGAAACAGAUAAUUUGACAGGUUGUUGAGUCAACGAAGGUUUUAAAUACAAAGACAUCAGGAUCAUAUUCGCUGGUUUUCAUGAAAUCAAAACUUCUUUUGUUUUCAAGACUUCGGUAAAAAAUAUUCACAAAAUGGUUUCUCAUCUGUUACUUCUAUUGAUGGUACUUGCAUCAUUAGCAACUACUUCAAUAACUCUGAUGACAGACAGUAACGGUGAACCUGACUUUUAUUUAUGCCGCAACAUUGGAAGUGAUGGUGCUUACAAAAUCAACAAUGCUUUGGAAAAUCCGAACUUCGCUGAAGAUACCAUAGCUCUGAAUGAUUUGAAGAGAGAAUUCAAUAGCGACUCUGCUUUAAUGAAAUUCUUGAACUAUAUAUGCGGACGUAAAGUUGCUGACAACCGACCAAGAUGGGCAAGUGUAAUAAGAUGGAAGAGGGAUGUUAAAAAUGCAAAUGAAACACAAAGUUCCUAAUGGAUAAAAUGAACAACCACGUAAUAAUUAAAAAUAUUGUGGAUCUUUAAGUAAAUAAAAAGUUAACUACAUAAAGUUUCUAAGUGAAUACAUGAAAAUAAAAAUCUCUAUCAAAUA